CAAUUGGACCAACGUUGCUGGUUCUUAUGGCUACAUGGCACCUGAGCUUGCAUUUACUAUGCGUGUCACGGAUAAGAGCGAUGUGUAUAGCUUUGGAGUGGUGGCACUAGAAAUUGUGAUGGGAAGGCACCCGGGGGAAAUGCUCGAGUCCUUAUCAGAAUCAUCAAAAACAUUGAAGGGAGAUGCAGAGUUGCUUUUAAAAGAUGUGUUAGACCAGAGGCUAGAGCCUCCAACUUCUGAAUUGGCGGAGGCAGUGGCGUUUGUGGUCACCUUAGCAUUGGCCUGCGCUCGUGCACAUCCGGAGUUGCGACCCACAAUGCGUCACGUAGCACAAGAGCUAUCAGCUCGGACACUGCAUUACCUCUCCGAACCAUUUAGUGCAUUAACCAUCAACAAACUAACAGGGCAUAAAAAAUAGAAGGGAUUGAAACUAGGCAUCUCUCAGGUUGUUUGUAUUUUGUAUGUAAAUGCACUGUGUCUAUGGUCUACAAGACUGUUGCUUCUAGGUGCUGGGAAAUUCUUACAUAUA